GGCGCCCAGGGAGCAGGUCGUGCGGUUCCGCACGCGAGUCUGCACGCGGCGAGAAAAAAUGGAGGACUCCGCUUCAACGCCACCCGCAGCCUCAACCGCAACUCCAGCCUCGACCUCAGCAACCCCGGCCGCACCGGGGCAGCUGGAUAAAAAGCAGACCAGAAAGGCAGUGGAAGCUCUGUUGGCACAUUCCAGGUCCAGGAAAAACGCGAAUGGAUUGCUUUUGAAUGAGAAUGAAAAUUUCUUUUUAAUGGUGGUAUUGUGGAAAAUUCCCAGUAAAGAACUGAGGCUUAGAUUGUCCUUGCCUCAUGGUAUUCGGUCAGAUUUAGCAGAUAUCUGUUUGUUUACAAAGGACGAACCCAAUGUAACUCCUGAAAAGACGGAACAGUUUUAUAAGAAGCUUCUAAAAAAGCAUGGAAUAAAAACCAUUUCUCAGAUUAUCCCCCUCCGAACUUUAAAAAAGGAGUAUAAAGCCUAUGAGGCCAAGCUCCGCCUCCUGGGUAGUUUCGACUUGUUCCUUUCUGAUGCAAGAAUCCGACGGCUCUUACCCUCACACCUCGGGAGACAUUUCUAUAAGAGAAAGAAAGUUCCAAUACCUGUAAAUCUUAAAGCCAAGAAUCUUUCCAAAGAGAUCAACUCAUCAAUAGGUGGGACUGUCUUAAACAUCUCUAAAAGUGGUUCUUGCAGCACUAUUCGCAUUGGUCACACUGGGAUGCAGGUUCAGCACAUCACCGAGAACAUUGUUGCUGUCACGAAAAAGCUUUCACAGAAAUUGCCAGAGAAGUGGGAGAGUGUGAAACUCUUGUACGUGAAAACUGAGAGAUCAGUUGCCCUGCCUAUCUUUUCUUCAUUUGUCAGCAGUUGGGAUGAAGCUAAAGGAAUGAACAUUUCUAGUCUGAAGAAACAAGAAGCAAAGAAAUUACAAAAACAAAAAGAACAUAAAAAGAAACAAAAGGAGAAGAAAAGAAACAGAAAGCCUAUGAAACGGGACAGAAAGUCUACAUCAGCCCUACCUACAGAGGAGACGGCCCCGAAAACUUGUGGUUCUCCAGUGAAGGGCCCUGGACCCCAGAAGAAAAAGACCCCUCAGCCUAAGAAGAAAGAGACCUGCAGAAUAAAAGCCCAAAAUAAAGUGCACGUUGAAUCUGAAGAAGAAAUUCCAUUACUGGUCCCAAUAGGAGAAACUCCUGCCAAAGAAAAUGUAGAGGUGCAAAAACAUGCCACAGGAGAGAAGUCUCCAGUAAAGAGUCCGGGUUCCAACCCACCUCGUGGGAAGAAAAGAAAGGCCUUUCCAGCUUUGGAGAUGCCGAAAGCACCAGAGCCCAAGACCCCAGGUAAAGGCCCAGGGAAGAAGCCAAAAGUCAAAGAAGAAGUGGAGAAACAAAGAAACUCUCCUUUGGGGAAAAAAGACCCAAAACAGACGCCCAAAAAGCCAGAGGCCAAGUUCUUCACUACAGCUAAUAAAUCUGCAAAAAAAGCUUCCCACACCCCCAAACAAUGGUCCCAAAAACCCAAAGUACCCCAGCCGACCUAAAGUCAGUGACUUGACCAGGAGGAAACAUCAGAGCUGCCUGGAAAGCUUUUGAAAAAUACCCAGGUCCUGACCCCUGUCACAACCUUCUCCAAGAGUGAGACCUGGCCUUAAAAUCUCACAAGUAAUUCUGAUGUGUCGUGGGUGUAAGAACCAGUAGUUUGAAUCCAUUUUUUAAAUUGUUCUUUCAUGUGUUAGCUAAUAUAAUAGAAAUUACAGUGCUUUUAUUAAAGUGUAACAUUUGCUUCUGAGUAAACUAUUCCGUAUCUUGUUAGUUUUACUUAAAUGCCUGUGAUACGACCUUUUCGUUUUCUGGCUCCAGAACAGCAGUUUGUGCAAACAUUCCCAAAGCUUGUCUUCAAGUCAGUGGUGGGCUCACUGCAUGCAAAUCAACUGUGGAAUUUAUGGAACACCUCAGGUUUCUUGGCCCAUCAUGCUGAGCUGGUAUAUCUUGAUGGGUCUUAGGUGGUGGUUGGCCACGGUUAUAAACCACUGAGUUAGCAUAUGUUUGAUGAGAAAAAUUAACAUGGCAUCAUUUAUAAAGGCACCAAAUUGAUUCCUGCCUUCUAGAGGCAAGAAAAUACUUCAUCCUUUCAAUCUUCCUCCAGAUUAUUCCUCACCCUAUAUAGAGUUACUUAGAUUUGGCACCUUUAUGAUAGGAAACCUGGAAGUGGAGACUAUUAAAUUUGGGUGGUUGUUAAAUAUAUGCUGACUUCUCAGGUGCACAGCCUUCCAGUGGAUAUGAGUUGGCGUACACAUCACUAGUAGGAAGUGAUGGGUUCACUGUAGUAUGGGAAGGUCAGCAUGAGACAUGCUUCCAAAUAUCACCUGGUUCAGAAACAAGGAAUAAAACUCAAGAUGGUUCUUGGCAAGUCAAGUUGAGACAGUUGUUGGUUUUUUAGCCCCACAAAUUAAUGUUAACUUUUUAAGUCAUGAAAGGCUCUAAUAUACAACAAAAUUUAUAGGUUCACUGUCCUUAUAGGCUUUUAAAAAUGAAUAGAAGUCUGUGUUGUAGGGGUGUAGCUUAAUUGAAACAUUUUCCAUGGAGACUAGGUUCUGUGGGAAGGUGUUCAGAUAGACUUGUUUCACUUACUCAAAGGUGAAGAUUUAAGUGCUGUUUUGCAUAGGGCAAAGAAACAUAAUCAGAUAAUGUGGUUUAUGUGACAAUUUUCUGGGGUUUUAAGGUCUUCUAAUUCCAUCCUUUAGCCAAGUAAAAGAUUUUGUAGCACCAAGUGAUUUUUACAUAUAGGCAAUUCUUGAAAGUAGGUGAUCUGUUUUUGUGUGUGUUGCAACCUUUUGCAUUCGGAUGUCGAGUGUGAUUCGACACGGUUAGCAUUAGAAUAAAGGAAUCGAGAAAAAAGCAAGCGAGUGCAAAGGGUUAAAGAAUUUUUAUGGCCGAAACUGGUUUGGCCGUCGGCCUUCGGACUCAAGGGUCCCAGGUUCGAAUCCGGUCAAGGGCAUGUACCUUGGUUGCGGGCACAUCCCCAGUAGGGGGUGUGCAAGAGGCAGCUGAUCGAUGUUUCUAACUCUCUAUCCCUCUCUCUUCCUCUCUGUAAAAAAUCAAUAAAAUAUAUUUAAAAAAAAAAUUUUUUAUGAAUUUCUUUGAGCCAAACUAAUGACAUGCUAGGAAACUAUCUCAAAUGCUCCCUUCUGUUUUUAAGACUUAAAAUGUUUAGAGUAGUUUUAGGCUCAUAGCAAAAUUAAGGUAGAGAGAUUUCCCAUUUUCCCCACCUGUGCACAUGCACAACUACCCCCACAUCAACAUCCUCCAACCAGAGGGGUACGUUUACAACUGAUGAGCUUACCUUGACACAUCACUUAUAGCCAAAGUCCAUAGUUGACAUUAGGGUUCACGCUUAGUGUUAUACAUUCUAUGGGCAUGGGUAAAUGUAUAGUAACAUGUACCCACCAUUAUAGUAUACAGAGUAUUUUCAUUGCCCUAAAAAGUCACCUAUGCUGCAUCUAUCCAUCCCUCUCACCCCCUCCCAGAGCCCCUGGCAACCACUGAGAUUGUUACUGUCUAUAGUUUUGCCUUUUCCAGAAUGUCAUAUAGUUGGAAUCACAGUAUGUAGCCCUUUCAGACUGGUUUCUUUCACUUAGUCAUAUGCACUUAAGAUUCCUCUGUCUUCUCAUGGCUUGGUAGCACAUUUCUUUUUUGUGCUGGAAACGGAAUAAUAUUGUCUGUCAUUUUUGGCAAUUAUUAAUAAAGCUGCUAGAAAUGUC